GCGUCGGCGGCGCCAUGUGGAGCGCGGGGCCGCGCGCGGCCGAGCCCGGCCCGUACAGCGAGGCGCAGCGGCUGGCGCUGGAGGCGCUGGUGGCGGGCGGCCCCGCGGCGCUGCGCGCCUUCCUGCGCCGGGAGCGGCUGCCGCCCUUCCUCUCGGAGCCCGAGGCGCGGGCGAUCGCGCGGGGCGCCCUGCCGCCCCCCCCGCCGGCCGAGCCCGAGCGCGGCGCCUCGCCCGCCGCCUCCUCGCUCACCUACUUCCCCGAGCGCUCCGACCUGGAGCCGCCGCCGCUGGAGCUGGGCUGGCCGCGCUGCGCCUUCCGCGGGCUCUCGCGGGUGGAGGCGCGCUUCCAGCCCGGCUGCAAGGAGGAGGUGCGGCGGCAGAUCCGCUCCGCCAGACGGGUGAUUGCCCUUGUGAUGGAUUCCUUCACAGAUACUGACAUAUUCAGUGACCUUCGGGAGGCCUAUAAGAACCGCCAAGUCCCUGUCUAUAUCCUCCUUGACCAGGAAUUUCUACCCCUUUUCUUGGAGAUGUGCAAGAAUUUGGGCGUUUGCCCUGAGCAGGAAAGUAUGAUGAGAGUCCGAACUCUCACAGGGAACAUAUACUAUCUGAGAUCAGGUGCUAAAAUUGUUGGGAAAGUCCAUGAGAAGUUCAUGUUAAUUGAUGGCAUUAGAGUGACAACUGGCUCCUACAGUUUCACAUGGUCUGAUGGGAAGCUGAAUAGCAGUAACUUGCUGGUAUUGUCAGGUCAAGUGGUUGAAGACUUUGACCUCCAGUUCAGGAUUCUUUACGCCCAGUCGAUGCCUAUCAGCCCACAGCAGCCAUCCAGCUGCAAGAACAGUGGGAUAUUUGAUCACCUGGUGAACGAUACAGAAUCCCCUAAAGAAUAUACUGUGGAAGGUGACUUGAGAGCAGAAUUUGCCAAGUUGUCUAGUACUCCAAAGAAAUUAUUGAAUGAAUUUGACCAGGCUGAAGAUACUCCUAGAGGCAAACUUUGUAACCUGGGGCAUUCUGGCCUCUGUGAAGAGGAGUGGCUCAGCUAUCAAGAGGCCAUAGUGGAACAGAAAAGCGCAUCAACUCAAACAGGCCCAUGGGAAGAGAAGCCUCUAGUGCCUGCGUGCAAUGCUGCCACGCAGACCAACACUGCAGUGGCAGAAACUGGUACUCAGACUUAUGUCGCUGCUAGGAUGGUAAGCACUCAGACUUCGGUUUUCCUGAAGACUGCAGCAACACAGACAAAGGAAGAUGAUUACAUAGAAACAGCCCCGCUUCACCGAAAGUUGUCAAAAGAAGGACCUUCUCUGACUGGAAGGGCCAUAUCAAGUUCUAGUCUGCGAUCGCUGUCUUCAUCAUCAUCCCAGUGCUCUCUUGCAAGCUCUACUGGUUCACUCUCUUCUCUCCGGUCCUUUGAAUAUUCUAGCGGUCACAGGGCAGAAUAUUUCCAAAGACUGCAUAAAGAGAGGCAAUUCCACUACUCCACCAUCAGGUCAAAGCUUAGCCACAUGGUUGAUGUCCUAUCCCGGAGGAGACCUGCGCCUGGAAACUACACGACCCAGUACACCGGAAGAUACAAUCUCAGCCAGAGACGCGACAUCAGCACCAGCCUGCGCAGCCUCCGUGAUGUUUCACUCUUUUCUCGGAAUAAAUAAUUACUGCACUGAAUGCAGAAGAGAAAAGCUCCAGUCUCAAAUUCCAGUCACUUAGUACCUGCUGAUUCUUCCACUUCCUUCCAGCACUUUUACUGUUUUAAUACAUGUGUACAUCACUCCCCAGCACUUUGUUUUAUACUAUGCAUUUUAAGCAAUAAAAAGGAGAGGUUUUUAAUGCUUUAAAUACUUGCAUGUUCCCCAUACGUGCAUUAGUGGUGAAGGUUCAUUUUAAUUCUGGAUGUUAUACUUUGGCAUGAGGGGAAAUCACUUUUAUAAAGAACAAUAAAGCUAGUUUUAUUCAAAGUCUGACUUCAGAGAUGUAUAUGUUACCCUUCCACUGAAGUUUUGAGGGUCCAUUGGAGCCAUUGCAGGUUCUUAUCUUCACCUGCAUCUUUUUUUUUCCAUUGUUUGAGCCUUCAGAAGUGGCCUGAGCUAAUUAGCUCUUCUGUUUGAUUAUCCUCUCAUGCCUCUGUGUAGACACAUAUAAAUAUAUAUAAAUAUGUGUGUGUAUUAUAUAUACAUCUUUUUAUAAACCAAGACCAGGAAGUAGCAACUUAGCACUCCAAGAUAGCUGUACCCGUGUUAGAUACAGUCUUAACAUACAUGUUUCCAAUACGUAGCUUUUAGUUCUAAAUAUAUUGGACCUGUAAGAAUAUUAAUGGCAAUGUAUGUGGAAGUGUUGGGUUUUUGUGCUUGUAAGCAGGAGAUGAGGUGGUAUCAGGAGAUCGGUGUCUUGCUGCAGCACUCCUGUGGUACUUCUCUUUUGGAAUGGCUUCAAAUAACUUUGUUCCCUGUGUGACUUGCUACACAGAACUGAGUCUUUUAGUCUUAGCACUGUAAAAUGUGAAGUUCUGUCUUGGUCUAGGAGUAUGUGCACCAUCUUGCUUCCGUUAAGAGACCUGUAAACAGCUUUCUUUGGAGUGAACUUAAAGAGGAAACAGCACUGAGGGCACGUGGCAAAGCCCUUGAUCAAAAGCUGACAAAUGCACUACAGAAUGUUUGGGGUUAUGUUUGCUAAUAUUAUAUAUAGUAUGAGUGAAAGUACAUCUACUCUAUCUGAAAUAGUCUGUUUCCUGCUCUAUCCUUUAUCCACUACUAAUUUGGUUUGAGGACUCUAGUUUCUGAAAAUGCUGUAGUUCCAGUAUCAAAUGGAUCUUGGGUUAAGUUGCUUUGCAAAGAUAUUAGUAGCAGUGCUCUGUGUGUGUGUGCACAUCUGUGCUUGCUGAUCACUGAUUUGAGCCACGCGUAUCUCUGUCUGAGCUCUGACCUGUACUGUUAGUCUUUAGACCUACAUCCCAGGGCAUUAGUGACCAACCAGCCUGAAUUCUGCCAAGUCAAGUAGGAGUCUGGGUUAUGUAUUUUCUUCUUAUUUAUCAACACAUGUGUCCAGUAGAUGGCACAUUUCUGCUGUUCCUGGAAACAGCAAUGAAUGAAUGAAUGAAUGAACAAACAGAAAAAUAUCCACAACUCAACAAGGCUGUAAUUUAAGUGUACAGAGCAACACUUUACUAACUUUGGGGUUUCUACCCUGAAAUCUACAUGGACUAAGAGGCUUAGCUACUUUAUUGCUUGGGUUUCAAAGCAGCCUCUCCCUCCCUAAAGCUGUAAGGCACAUGUGCAAAGAGGUAUAGAAAAAAAAGAUGUGUUGGCACUUGUUUAAAAAG